UGUGUCAGAAGUAGCCGACACCUCAUUACCAUCUUUUUUAACGAUAAGCCAUUUAUAUUUCUCUUCUUCUCAAUGUAUUUUCUUAUUUAGAUUUUUCGUUAUCUUCACUAUCCACACAAUCGGGUAUGUUACAUCUAAUGUCUGAACUCUCAGAUGAAUACUGUAAAACUUUCUUCAAUUUUUAUUUAUAUAUAUAUAUAUAUAUUAAUCGUUCGUAGUUACGAUAAAUAAUCGUAUUCAAAUAGCAUCGCAUCGGUAAAUGAAGUAGCUCAUCUACCGCCUUUGUUUUCCAAGAUCAAUACUUAAUUAAAGCUUAUUUUUCACGCUUUAAUGACAAAUAGUCAAUUUCUGGCACAUGGUCGACGACUGGUGUUUUCACCCUAAUUUAAUGAUGCUCUCUAUCUUGUUAAGUUUUAUUUUAUUUCUAAUUCUAUUACACUGCUUUAUAAGAUAUAGAAGAGUGGGAAGACUUAUUAGUCUUCUUCCAGGACCUCAGGAAUAUCCGAUAAUUGGAAAUUUGCAUCAUGUACACACUGAUAAUGAACAUUUACUUCAGCAAAUAUGGAAAUUAAGUAAAGAGAAUUAUCCAAUUUUUAAAAUAUGGACCUUAUUUUUUUCUGCAGUAAUUUUACUCGAUCCAGAUGAUAUUCAGGAGUUACUAAAGAGCAAUGAAUAUUUGGAAAAAGGAGAUAUGUAUAAAUCUCUUAUGCCCUGGCUUUCUUCUGGAUUAUUAAUUAGCGGCGGAGAAAAAUGGCACUUACGACGAAAGAUGUUAACUCCUGCAUUUCACUUCAAUAUUCUUAAACAUUCCUUUACUAAUUUAAUUAAAGAAUCACAAAAUCUUGUCGAAUCUCUUCAAAAAGAGGGAGAUGGAAAUCCUAUUAUCAAAGAUCUACGAACAUUUAUUAGCAAGUACACUCUAAACGCAAUAUGUCAAAUAGCUUUAGGUACCCAUUUGACAGAAAAAAAUGAGCUGGAAUCUGAAUAUCGUAAUGCUGUUCAUGUUUAUGGCAGAAUUGCUACAUAUAGAAUGAUAAGACCUUGGUACUACUUCGAUACUAUAUUUGCAUUUUCUCCACUUGGUAGAGUACAAAAAAAAAUAUUGAAAACGUUGCACAGUUUUUCGAGAAAUAUAAUUGCAGAAAGAAAACGUUUUCAUAAACAAACUAAUGGGAAAUAUUUGCAAGUAAAUGAGAAUAUUGAAGAAGAUGACGUUUCUAAUAAAAAUUCGGAGAAGGACAAUGACUAUUUUCAGUCCAAGAAAAGGCUUUCUAUGUUAGAUUUGCUUAUAGCCGCAUCUUGGAAUGAUAAUCAAAUAGAUGAGGAAGGAAUUUGUGAAGAAGUUGAUACCUUCAUCUUUGAAGGUCACGAUACUACCGCAAGUGCAUUGACCUCUACUUUGAGUCUUAUUGCUAAGCACAAAGAUGUCCAGGAAAAUAUAAGAGACGAGGUUCGAUUGAUUAUGCAAGAAGAUAAUAAUGUAACGAUAUCGUCACUUUCAAAACUUCCGUAUUUGGAAAGAUGUUUAAAAGAAUCGCUUCGUUUGUAUCCAAGCGUUCAUUCAAUUUUUCGGCAAAUUCCUCACGAUAUGCAGCUAAAACAUUAUUUAAUUCCAUCUGGUACGAUCAUUGAAGUGAAUAUUUACUCCUUGCACAGAAAUCCGGAUUAUUGGCCAAAUCCAGAUGUUUUCGAUCCAGAUAGAUUUUUACCGGAAAAUGUUAAAGGGCGACAUCCCUACUCCUACAUACCAUUUAGUGCGGGGCCGAGAAACUGCAUUGGUCAAAAAUUGGCAAUGUACGAGCUAAAACUCAUGGUUGCUUUUAUAUUGUACAAUUUUAAAUUGGAACCGGUAGAUGAACUAGAUGACGUUACGUUUUUGGCAGAUCUCACUCUGACCUCGUCUAAACCACUUCGAAUCAAAUUUAUACCAAUUACAUAGGUUUUUUUAUGCAUAGUAUAUUUUAUAAAAUAUGAUAAAUUCAAAUAAAGCUGUAUUGAAUCUA